UGAGAGUUCUAACAAUUAUUAUUAAAUGAAUGAUAUCUAACAAAGAAAUUCUAAAGAAUCCGGAUAGUCAAUAAAGGAUUUCUAAUGAAUGAUAUCAAGUGGAUGGUGAAUUUUUAAAUGAGCGGUAUAUUAUGAUGAAUUAUCCAAUAAAAGAUUUUUAUCAAAUUCGUUACAUAGUUAAUAAAUAAAAUUAAUAAAAUCUAAUGAAGGAUAUUGAAUGAACACUAUCAAAUAAAUGAAAUCGGAUGAAUAAUAUCAAAUAAAUGUUAUUAAAAGAAUAAUAUAAAAUGAUUGAUAUAAUUUUAAAAACGGUCAUUAUUAUGUGUCUUGAAAUGCUUUAAUACAUGGUUUAGUUUCUUUCUUUAUUUCUUUUUAGCAUUAUUUUAUUUUAUUUUAUUUUUUGUACUUCAUUGAAAUUAUUUGUUUUGCGAGUUUUAUGUUGAGCCUAGUUGAACUUUUAAAACCUGGGUUGUACAAAUUUAAGGGAUUGAUUUGUUGAUUGAAUACCGUGUUCAAAAUGCUUUUUUCUUUCUUUACAAGUAUUAGGUAUCACAUCACUUGAGUUGAUUGCUACUUUUGUUGAAUGUCCAUUCCAUUAUUGUGACUUGUUCGAGUCAUCUAGGUACUAUUACUGGUAGCAACGUCUAAAUAUUUUGCAUCAAUGCACAGUUUGAAUGACGUGGAUGGCUGGAAGUCGUAUUUUCGACAUUAUCGUCCUUCUUUCUUGAAACUGGAUUGCACAAAAUGACUUGAACACAAAUCGUUUUGAGGUAUUCAAUGAUGUCGCUAAAGAAAAUAUUUAGUCACAUUGCUAACAUGAAAGUUUUUUUUAUGAGGGAAAUUCUUGCCGGUAGUGAUGGUCGCAAGCCGAUGAUAACCGUUGGCUAUCUUUUCAACAACCACACGCAAUUUGUGGGUCUCGUGGCCGAGUGGUUAGCCUGUCCGUCUACAUAUAGGGUUCGAAUCCUGCAGUUUCUGCAAGUCCUUCCAGGUAGCCGGCCCCCGGCCAACCCAGCCAUCCAUCCUUCCGAAGUCGGUAAAUGGGGAGACGGCGUAUGUUGUCGCAUGUUGACCGGCGAGAUGGCUCAGUGGUUCAAAUGCGUGCUGAGUUAAAAAUCUCGAUGGCUAUCAUAUACUCAGCGUAUAAGAUGCAGUGCUUGCGCGGGCACAUAAAUACACGUCGUGUGAAAUGAAUAAACAGCCUUUUUAGCAAAGAUGGUUGCUUCAAAUCAAUGGAUGAAGAUAUGAAGAACAUAAUAUAAAAGAAAAAAGAUUAUAGAUAAUAUAUAUGUAACAUUAUAAGUGGUUCUGCGUAUGUCAAUGUUGCAAUAAUGAAGACUAAAAAAAAUUCAGUUCAAACAUUCAUGCGGAGUUUUAAUUAACAAUUUCCCAAUUUAGAAGAUUUUAUAAACAUUUCAUU